GUCUCCGCCAUCAGUGCGGAAGCUGAGUGCUGACGCCAUCGCAGGAAAGCUUCAAAAGCUUCGCCAUUUCAUCUGCCGCAAGCAAAGCUUCUCCUCUUCUUCGAGCGCCCGAGCAACUUCACCGUCAUCAUCACCAUCAUCAUCACCUCAUCAUCAUCAUAUUCAGGUUCGUCUCACGCUUGCUCGCUUCCUUCGGUUCGCUUUCGCUCCCUGAGGCGGGCGAAGCGAAACCGGAAGAGGGAAAUGAAGCAGCCGGAAAGCAUCCAAGCCUCGCUCCCGGAAGACAUCGCCCUCAAAAUCGCGUCUUGCCUCCAGGUGGGUGAUUUGUGCGCUCUGGGAAGUUGCUGCCGAUUCUGGAGGGACUUAUGCGGGUCGGAUGUCUUGUGGGAGUCUCUGGCGAGGCAGAGAUGGCCUUCUCUGGAUUUGUUGUCUGAAUCUUCAUCAGUUGAUCAUAGUGAGUCUUCCUCUUUGAAGGGAUGGAGGGACUUUUACGUGAAGAGGCACGCCGAGAUGGCCGAGCGAGCUACGUCGGUUGUUCAGCAUGUCGAGCAAUGUUCGUUUUCCGAUUCGCUCGAGAUCAGAGACUACCUGAAAGCAAUCGAGCACUUGAACUCCAUGUGUCUUAGCUUCAAGGAUGUCGAAUUGUUUCUGUUCAGGCCGGAAGUGAAUGUGCUGCUAAACCUGGUCGGCUUGCAUUACUGCAUGCACUGGCUCGAAGUGCCGGCUGAGCAUGUCAUGGAAGUGCUUCAAAAUAGCGAGAUCUCACAGCGUCAAGUGUGUGUGAAAUGGUGGAAGCUCAGCAGAUUAUUCUAUGGCUUCCGAAUGCGAGACGAGUCUCAUUCUCGGUCGGUUUCCCUGCAAGAUCUAGCAUUGUCUCAGGAAAAUGAGGUCCUCGGCGUGCUCCAUCGAGGUGCCAUUCAUAAGGUCCUUCGCGUCCAGAUUUCCGUAUUCCAUCCUACUUGCACUUCCUGGUCUUUCCCGGAGCAUGCAAGUCUGUGAUUGAUGAUGACAGACAUCCAGUUGUGCCACAGAAGUAUGAUCAUGGCAUGUAUUGGUAAAAAGAAGAUUGGGGUUUGCAUGAGUGUGCAUACCUGAAUGUUGUGUUUGUAAAGGAUGUUGUAAAUCCUCACCCCCGUAUCAAUCAAUUCUAAAGAUACCGGAUAACUUCGGACUUGUUUGGUUAAUAAAUGUUCAGAUUGGGACAUACAUCAAGUUCACUUUCUCUA